AUGAAUUCUCGUAACCUGUUAUCGUUGCUAUUGGUAGCUCUAACUACCUUGUACUUCCAGGGAGUUUUAGCUGCGGAGUCGCCGGUCUGCCGCAAUGGCAUGCUCUAUCCGGCGGAAUCAAUAUACACAUACUCCUACUGCGUCAAUGGAGAACUGAUAGAUGGAAAGUGUCCGGAGGGCAGUUACUUUGAUGCCAUCUUUCUCAUGUGCCGUCAUGGACAGCCGCCAGCUGGCAGCAAUGAUGCGGAGUUGACGAAUGGCAAGUGCCAGCGUUGGGGAUUGGCUGCGGAUUUGACCGAUUGCAAUCGAUUUUAUCACUGCAAUAAUAAGGGUGCUACUGUGGAGCGACUCAGCUGCGACCAGGGUUUGAUCUUUGAUGAGUCGAAAUUUACUUGUGUUGUGGGCAUAUGUUGA